AUGGAUGCGGUUGUCGAGGCGACUAAAAAAGAAAAUUUGAGGGAAGAGCGAGUGAAAGAGGAAUUGGCUGAAGUUAAUAAAAGAGAGGAAGGUGCCCUGAGUAAGAAGAGAAAAAUACUCGACGAAAUAAAAGAAGUCGAGAAGGAAAUUGAAAAAGUGGAGACCAAGGAGAGUUACUGCAAGGAGAGAUUGCAUUUUGCACUGCAGCGCUAUGAUGAGAACUCGAAGAUGAAACACUUUCUUGAGAACAACAAAGUGGACGUGGAUGCUAUGGAACAUACCGUGAAACAGCUCAGAGAGAAAGCUAAAAAAGUUGUGGACAGCAUUGCAAACAUGCAGCGGAUCAUCGAGUCUAAAGAGAAGUUAAUUCUUGCCGCAGAAAAACGCGAGAUGGUCGCUCGAGAUACCAUGGCUCGAAUACAGGAAAAGUUGAGGGCAGUCGAGCGUGCGGGAACCAGCAUUAAAAUGAAUUAUACCCCUAUGAGUGAAAAACAGUACGUAGAGAAAGUGGAGCACCUAACAGAAAACAUCACCAGGGUGAUCGUGAAAAGGAAGAAAUUUGAAAAGAAAGCAGACGCAAUGGAGAAGGACAUAGUCGAGCUAGAAAAGAAAAUAGCCAUGUUCAAGAAAAGAAACGCUGAACUAAAACAGACCACAAACGAACUAAAAGGUUCUAGAGUGUGACAUUGUGGAGCGUGAGGAGUUAAUUGUUUAAACAAUUAUUAACCAAACAAUUGGAAUCGUACCGACUGGCGAUAUUUAUGUAGUUUUUUUUUAUGAAUAUGCUGCGUAUGUUUCACUGGUGAGUCUCGCAUGAAGCGGGAGUAAAUUAUAUUUAUUACAUUUUAUGAUGAUAAGACUUGCGUACAGAUGUCUUCUGUUACGUGAUGUUGAUAUCAACUCAAGUGGAACAAAUUUUUGAAAAAAUCUGUAUUGAUAUCAACAGGUCGAGUUUUGUUUAAGACUUCGGGUUCGAUGUUUGGUAUGUGUGCAAUUUGUAAAUUUUCUGUUUACUGUAAGCAGCAUACACUGAAACGGAUACAACGUGGAAAAGUAAAAAUCACGCAAGGAAACAAUUAUCUACAAAUCCGUGUCCAGGUCCUUCAGCCGCGCAGGUUUAACUUUUCCGCUGCCGACGUUUUAGUAAAUUAAUAUCUUUCAGCUGAUUAAUUACUAGUGGAUACAGAUAGAAUGCGAUCUCAUAUCUGACUUCAUUUCCUUUUGAUAUAAAGAUAAGGCGGAUUUUUCUUCUGCAUCUUAGGAUGCCAUGGAAGAAUUCUUUCUAACAGUGACUGAUGAUAUCAGCAUGUCGGCCGUGUUAUCGGCCUACUGAGCACAACGAUUAGCUUGUCAUUACCUAAGUGAUGUUUUUGAUAUAAAUACAAAUUUGAAUAAAAAAUUGUCAAAUUAGAUAAUAGGUGUUCUUGGUGUUGGCAGAAAAAGACGCACUUAUUAGUGAAUUCUUUGUAACUGCACCAGUCACGACUGCCUAGUAGCCAUAUCUUUCUCACUGCUCUGUCUGAGAUAGACGAGAUGUCUUGGCCCUUAGUCAUGAGUGCGUGAUCAGGUUUAAUUGCUGUCGCUAAGGAUCUGCUACGCUGGCUGAAUACUGCUGGAGCCGACCAAGCAAAUACGUUGCCGAAGUCAUCUUCUGACGAAUCAGUGAAUCAAACGGAAAGUAACCGAGAAGUGAUUAUGAUUAUGCCUUUUGUACAAUGAUGGAAAAACAUCAUGUUACACGUUGCAUAAGUAAAGUAUGGACUGGACCAAUGGACCAUUGGACUUUUGGACUACUUUUGGACCUCUUAAGGACAGGUUUUCUCGAUUAUCAACAUUUGGGGAGGGGGGUUAGUUCAUUUUUUAUUUGUAGGGAGGAGGAAACUAUCACGCUUCUCCAGACCCUAGGAGACGAAAAUUGUACUUUUGCUACAUUUAGUGCACAUGAUCCAUAUAAUUUUAUUAUCAUGAAUUUCAUAUCUUAUAUUGUAUUAAUAUUGGAGAGAGAUGGUCCCACCCACCAGUUGCUUUUUAUUUUCCAUAAGGGAUACUAGCACGAACACAAAGACUAUUUCUCAUUGAUCUUAUUUGUUAGUAGAGCACAGACAAGUUACCACAACAACUAUGAAUCCUCACAGUGGCCCCACUCCCUCCCUAAAAUAAGCUUUUAAAGAAUUUAGUGACACCCCUUUUACUUCUGAAUUGCAGCGCUCAACUCUAAGUCCACGAAAGGCCCGCGAAAGGAAAGGGCCCUACUGACUUUUCGUGAGCCUCGCUCUUAGAGUUCGUGCGGCGCAUCAGCAUCGAGUACGGCGUUUAUUCGAGGGCGGCGUUUAUUCGAGAGCGGAAUGUAUUCAAAAUUCAAUUCAUUCGCUAUCCUCUUCAUGAUCCGAGUCCGAAAGAUGUCAUGUCGGGUAUAUGCUUUUUCGACAUCAGAACUGCAGCUCUCACAUUUGAGUCUGGUUCACUCAGAAUUUCCGACUGAAAUCGCGAUCGAAGCAAUGAUCGUCCACUGCUACAAGGCUGUCCUUCCUUGUGGCAGUGAAUCAUAUCGCCUUGCCACCCGUCCACGGGGUUCAACGCACAUCUUGAGAGAGACUUUUUGAUGACCUCUGUAGGUAGCUCUGCAGAAAAAUCAAGAGUCCACUGCAAAAUAGUUCUUCCGGGGGGAGCUCUCAAAUUUCCAGCAGCUGUUUCUUCGUGAAUUUCCACGGUACUUAGCCAUCCAUCAUACUUUUCAGUACAAGCGGCCUUGAACGACUUAUUCCAGCUGCCUGGAUAUACUUGGUGUACCCUCCUGGCUCAAUUACUCGAUCGAUUUUUUGGACCGAAAUGUGUGAGUAAGGCACUCGAACAAGUCUCAGACAAUCAACGCGGCAAUAACCCGUAUAUCAUUGCCAUGGUAGUCAUCGAUCUGUUGUAAGCUUUUUGAGUCGUAUAUUCGAGGGCGGCGUUUAUUAAUAUUUCUGCUCUGGAAUACGGCGUUUGAUCGAAUGAAUACGGUAAGUGUGUUUUACCACCUGCCUGCUGUAUUUCAUAACAGGUUUUACAGUCGAAGACUAACGAAUGAAGACUGUUGGCCAGUGUCUUUGCGGCUAGGACACUUGGAUUGGAGCUUUAUACAUUACCUUAGCAACCCGCUCUGGGUAUAAAACUAUUUAACAAACAUCUCUUUUUUUUCUCUCUCUCCCUUUCUAUCCUUAGCUUCUGUCAUAAACAUUGCCCAAUUUAGUAAAGUUUUAAGGGAAUGGUCCAAACUUUUCAUUGUUAUGACAAUCGCUAUAUACAAAGGAAUUGAUCCAAAAGGCGGGCCGACGAGGCCGACAGGAAUAGUGCUGAAAUUGCUUUUCUUCAUAAAAAGCCAAGAGUUUUCCUUCGAACAGUGAUGCUUUCUUUGGCUGAAGUUCCUGCUCUUGUGCUGCAGAAGCGCUGACUAUCACAAGCCAGGCUGGUCGGAGAGCUCUGUGAAGGGAGUCAGUGAGUUGAGUUGAAAUUCCACGCCGAGGAAUGCCUUUGUUGAUGUCAUUUCCGAGAAGACAAAAGAGAUUUAAGAACCCAUUAUUUUCUAUUUUUCGCAGAAGUUUAGUUGAGGUUAUUACAGCAGCUACUGAUAAUGGAACUUAGGCUCUUGGGAAUAAAACUUACUACAGUUAACAGUUUAAUAUCCUUAUAAUUAAUUGCACUGGUUGUUUAAACUUUUCAAACAGUAAAUCAAGACCAAAGCUAAGGCAUUGAAAUUGUUGUGUCUGUGUCAGAUGGCAGCAUUUCUCAAUAACAAGAACAGUUCUGCCCCUCGUGCAACCGCCGACAUGGCGCGGGUGAGAAACAAGUUUCUCCCCUCCAUCUUCGAAGAGAAAAAUGAUGACAAAAUACAGGACUUUCGCAAAGCUUUGAAGAUAAACGAAGAUGACGAAGAUGAAGUGGAUCAAUUCGCAAUGGUUCAUUCAGCGCUGCACGAAGCGGAAACUGUUGAAGAAAACAAAGGAUCAGUGAUGAGAGAUUCGCAUAAAAUACCUCGCAGAAUAGGCACUGCCAGAAUAAAACCUCUCACGAGAAGUUUCUCAGAUUCACGAAUGGAUCCAUGGCGGCCAAGGAGACAAACCUCGGCGUUUGUCGGAGCCAGCCGCAUCAACUCGGGUAUUCCUACGGGUCAACGAUCAUUUGGGCAACGUAAAAUAACAUCACCCGGAGUGAACCGAGCGCGGCAAGUUGAUGUAGUAGAAGUAAUUGACUUGACAAAUCCUGAAGAUGCAAAUGAAAUUGCACGCAGAUUCUUUCAAGACGAGUUAAAAAUGGAUCUAUUAGACCCACGUUUUGAUAAACCUGAAGACUUUAUUGCUAAUUUACGGUGGAAAGCAGAAAGAAAGUUUAGCUACGGGGAGUUAUGGCAACGAAGAAUAUCGGGCGGAGCACAUAACAUCACUUUAACAAACAAUUCACCGACAAUUUGGCCGAGCCCUAAAUGUGACGAAAAACUACCAACAAUAGGCAAGUCACACACAUACACACAAGUUAAUUCCCCUUUUCUGCAGAUAUCUUAUUCAAAGCCAAAGGCCGGUGGUGAUUUUUUUAGUGACAAGAAAAGACUGACUUCUUCCUUCAAAGAGCAUGCUGAUAACUGUUAUAGACGAAAACGAGGUGGAAUUUUAAAUCCAAUUAGGCGAGCCGACAAAAAAUCCAAAACCAUUAUCAGAGAUCACUUUCAAUCCCGGAAGGAGAAGAAUCCCUGA